CCCGAGGGAGGAAAGGGGAGCUUCCUCGGGCGCGGGACGCCGCUGCGCUGCCAGCCGCUCGACCUCACGUCAACUCCCUUCCCGGAGCCGCGGGGAGAGAAAGUCCAUUGCAGAUCCCGUCGUAAAGUUGCCGCUUUGGGGAAAAUGCCACAGAACGUUGUUCUCCCGGGACCUGCGCCUUGGGGCUUCAGGCUGACCGGAGGGAUAGAUUUUAACCAGCCACUAAUCAUAUCCAGGAUUACACCAGGAAGCAAAGCUUCACAAGCCAAUUUGUGUCCUGGCGAUGUUAUUAUAGCCAUUGAUGGCUAUAGCACAGAGAACAUGACUCAUAAUGAUGCACAAGAGAGAAUUAAAGCAGCAUCACACCAGCUCUGCCUGAAGAUUGAAAGGGCAGAAACAAAGUUGUGGUCUCCACAAGUAACAGAAGAUGGCAAGCCACAUCCAUUCAAAGUAAACUUGGAAGCUGAACCACAGGACAUGGGCUACUUUGAACACAAGCAUAAUAUUCGGCCCAAACCUUUCGUAGUCAUGGGCCCAAGCAGUGUAUGCAGCACUCCUUCCGGUAUUGACGGCGGCAGCGGACGUAGCACACCCUCUUCAGUUAGCACUGUUAGUACUAUCUGUCCUACUGAACUGAAAGCUGCAGCUAAGAUGGCCCCCAACAUUCCCUUAGAAAUGGAUCUUCCUGGUGUCAAGAUUGUACAUGCUCAGUUUAACACACCCAUGCAGUUGUACUCAGAUGACAAUAUUAUGGAAACACUGCAGGGACAGGUUUCUACAGCCCUGGGGGAACCAACCCCAAUAAGUGACCCAACACCAGUUGCAGUGCCCCAGUCUGAUGUUUACAGGCUUCUACAUGAUGACCAGAAGGGGCCUAGUCAACCACGUCAGUCUGGUUCCUUUAAGAUACUCCAGGACAUGGUCUCAGAUGAAUCUGAUGGGCGGCCCAGUGGUACAAGAAGUGUGAGAGCACCAGUAACAAAAGUGGCUGCCCCUGGGGGAAGUGUGCCAAAGGUGCCCUUGUGUGACAAGUGUGGAAAUGGAAUUGUUGGCGCAGUGGUAAAAGCACGGGAUAAGUACAGGCAUCCGGAAUGUUUCGUGUGCUCUGACUGCGGCCUCAACCUGAAGCAGAAAGGCUACUUCUUCGUGGAAGGGCAAUUAUACUGUGAAGCGCAUGCGCGGGCUCGCAUGCGGCCUCCGGAGGGAUAUGAAGCCGUUACUGUUUAUCCCAAUGCUUAACUCUUUGGAGAAGCAAAUACCUGCAUGCACACAAAUGACAAGACGUUAUUGGCUUCCAGCAGCUUCCAGCAUACUGCUCUUUAAAAAGCGGGGAGGGGGAACAGAAUGGAGAAGCUGGGAGAAGGAUGAUGUUUCUAGUAGACAAAUUGGUAUAGAUGGAAUAAUUCCUAAGGCAUUAUCACAAUAACUCCCAGUGUAAUCUGGCACAGUGCAAAGUUAAUAUGACAUAAUGUACUAUAUUAAGCCACAGCUGAGUACUUGUAUGUUGGUUACUUACAGCUUCCUACAGUGAAAGAACCCUCUCUUUGCCCAGAUUUUCCCAUUCAAUUUCUGUACAAGUAGCCUCCUGAAAAGGGACUUAGUCCACAAGUAACCUCAGCACUAUAUAAGAAUAAGAUAUCCUUCAGGCUAAAGAUGCACACAGACACCUCUUGUGCUGUAAACAUGGUGUUAAAUCUGUUUUUAUAUUAAUGCCUGAGUUGUAUCCAGUAUUAGUCCUACUUAGAACAGACCCUCUGAGAUGAAUGAGACUUGUCAAGCUAACACUGAAUAGAACCCAAAUGCUGAUAUUUGAGUUUGUCCCUCCCUGUUCACUUGCUGCUACUGCCAUCACCAGCUCCUCCUUGUCCAGUUGCAAAGGCAAGGCUACGGCUGCUAGGUACUGGAGAAGGACUAGAAGCAGAGUUUCAGUUUCCUAGCCAGAGGAGGAAGAACAAAACUUGGAGAAGCCACGCAGACUGACAGAUGAGCCAACAAGUUGGAGCUAGGCUUGCAUAUUAGCAUUCAGUGCUGCAGAGAUAUUCUAGAGACAAAUGUUGGUAUAGAAACAGAGGUCCCAGAAUGGUCAGCUGUUCCUAUACUGCAUAUGUCUUUACCCUUCAGCCAUUAUGCCCUUUAUUGUUCAACACAACACUAUUUUUGUUUAUACCAACCUUUUCCAAUCAAGUGCCUUCUAGAUGUGUCAGAUUAGAACACCCAUUAUCCUCAAUCAGCAGGGUUGGGGAAGGCUGCAUUAUGCCAUAAGAUGGGCUUAUGUUCCACAUCUCAAAAUGUUACAUGAUACUGAAGAGACAGGAAAAAUUAUUCCCAGAUUUAAAUAUGCAAUUUCAGUACCAUAGUUCCUUGUCCUCAUUGCAAUUAUGCUCUCUGAACUAAGUGAAUAAAUACAUGAAAAUAUCAGAAUCAAAGAAUCAUGUGAUUAGUUCCACACGGAGUUGGGGUACUGGAGUUGCAAUUCUUGGAAAGCAGCUAUCUGUGCUCCAGGGCAAAUAAUUUGCCAUGGUCUGGUGAGAAUGAUGUGUGUGCAGAUGUGCAUGAGUCUGAAUACACAUUUGCAUCAACUGGCUGAAUAUAUGCUGAUAAGAAUGCACAUCUCCAUCCAGGGAUAUUAGUUGCAACUAAAGCUGGACUGUGGGCUUUGCUUAUGAUAAGGUGGGUGGGUGCUAUUUGUAGAAUGUUUAUUAAAAAAAAAAACUGGGCAUGUGCAGGUUCUUGAACAAUUAGUUCUUCAGAACACUCCCAAGGUGGUUUGCAAGUAUAAAGAGUUGCACAUCAAUAGGACUUCACUGUACAGAUACACAUUAAACAGCUUUUUAAUGCC